AUGCACAGGAUCACCUACUGUGUCGCAGACCCGCGGCUCCCCAAGAUAUUCGCCUGGAUCUACCGGCACGAGAUGAAGCACAAGGCGGUGAUGCUGCGCUGCCACGCCGUGCUGGUGUCCAAGCCGGAGAAGGCGAAGGCCAUGGCGCUGCUCCUCUACCAGACCUCCGCGACAGCGCUGGCCGAGUUUAAAAGACUCAAAAGAAGGGACGACGCCAGGCACCAGCAACAGCAGUUGAUCGGGGAGCAAACGAUUCCCCUGGUGCCCCUGAGGAAGCUGCUUAACGGACAGUGUUACUACAAGCCCCCGGUGGAGCGCAGCAGGAGCGCACCCAAGCUGGGCUCCAUCACGGAGGACCUGAUCGGGGAGGAGGAGGAGGAGAAAGCCAUGCACUUUGAGUGCGAGGAUAUUCUGGACACCGUCAGCGACUGUGUGGCCAACGGCAAGCAAGAACUGUGCCAGAUUAUCAAUGACUUGGGCUCCAUGAGUAUAGGGAACGACGUGCAGAUGCUAAAAGCCGAUCUGAGGGUGACUCGCCUGCUGUCUGGGGAGAGCACAGGCAGCGAGUCUUCCAUAGACAGCAACCAAGAGACCGUUUCUCUUGCCAAUGGCACUGUGGAUAGGAAAAUGCAAGAAGUCGGUUGACCUUUCUUGAAUAUAAUAAAGACACGAUGCUUCGUGGUAAAGAAGAAAAGCGCUUGGGUGCACGAAUGUGCCAUUAAAUCCACUUGACUUGAAAGCGCAACGUUAGGAUUCACGGGGUGUGUUUUAAAACCUAGCGAUCUGCCUACCUAGACAUCAAAUUUGGGCCAAAACUGCUGCUCUCUGUAAAAAAAAAAAAAAAAAGUUUAUUAAAAUUUGAUUGCCGCCUGAAGUAAAAUCAAAGUGGUGCCAAAGUUACAACCUGCACUGCAAACUUUUGAGUUCAGCUGAUUCAGAGUGCCCACAAAAUGCUGUCAAGAUAGGCAGCUCACUAGGUUUUGAGACACAAGCCAUGGAAAUGUUUGUGGACUUAACAGACACUUG